UAGUGCUGCUGGCAGAAUACUAGUGAAAAGAUGGACUCCUUGCGCAGUUGCACGGUCGAGUGUGCUGUACUAUCAGCUUCAAAAAUGUCUAGUUAGUGAAGUGCGUGAUAUGCAGACAAUAAACUUUUUUGUUUAUUUUACUUAGUAUAAGAUCAGCAUAUAUAGUUAAUAUAACACUGCGCAAAAGAAGAGAGGACACGAGGCCAAACGAUUUCCAAGUAACUUGCUAACUAGCAAAUCAACAACACUAUUGCAUCUCUUGCAUGGGCCUGUUACUAUAUUGCUGCGAUUUAUUAUUCUGUGCAGAAGUGGUAACCGUAAUGAAGAUGGCUUUGAUUGAUGUAUUACUGCAACUUUUUGGUGUGAAUUUUAGUGUAGUCCAAUAAAUUCGCUGUUGGAAGUUUUACGAGUUUUUAGCCUUAAAUGAACAAAUCUAAUUUGAUAAUAGUUGGCGAGUAUUAGCUGUUUGCCACUUUACUCAAAAUGUCACUCGAGGACUACGAAAGGCAUUACGGGUCGCUAAAUUCUGAUACUGGCAGUGAAUGUGUUCCCGGCGGCCGAUCGACGUCGGUAUACAGCGGCGAGGAAGAAAAGUUACAUUACAUUCCUAUCCGUAUACUUGGAAGAGGGGCUUUUGGGGAAGCUACGUUGUAUAGACGAACAGAGGAUAACUCUCUGGUGGUUUGGAAGGAGGUGGACUUGAACUGCCUCUCUGAUAAAGAACGUAAAGAUGUCACAAAUGAGAUCAGCAUCCUCUCCAUCCUACAGCACAACAACAUCAUUGCCUACUUCAACCAUUUUAUGGACAAGGAUACUCUGCUCAUUGAGCUUGAAUACUGCAAUGGUGGAAAUCUUUAUGAUAAGAUCAACCAACAGAAGGGAGAGCUCUUCUCUGAGGAGGAUGUCAUAUGGUACCUGUACCAAGUUGCUUCUGCAGUGGCUCACAUUCACAAGGCUGGUAUCCUGCACAGGGAUAUCAAGACCCUGAAUAUCUUUCUAACUAAAACCAACCUUAUUAAGUUGGGUGAUUAUGGGCUGGCUAAGAAGCUUGACUCCCAGUUUGCCAUGGCUGAGACUUGCGUGGGAACACCAUACUACAUGUCCCCAGAACUCUGCCAAGGUGUGAAGUACAACUUCAAAUCAGACAUCUGGGCAAUGGGCUGUGUGAUUUUUGAAGUCUUAACUCUCACCAGGACCUUUGAUGCUACGAACCCGCUGAACCUGUGUGUCAAAAUAGUGCAGGGAAAUUGGACCAUGGAGGUCAACUCUGAUGUAUAUUCCUCUGCACUGAUCAAGCUGGUUUACGAGUGCUUAGACCAGGAUCCAGAAAAGAGACCCACAGCUGAUGAGAUUUUGGACAGGCCAAUCAUCUCCUGCCGCAGACAGGAGCUUGAUGAUAAAGUAGCCUCGCUGAACUCAGCCAUGAAAAAACCCAAGCUGAGCACUGUCACUGAGAGCCCUGUGGCUGUAGUGACCACGCGCUCCAGGGAGGUGUAUUUCUGGGGAGGAGGAAAGUUCACACCCCAGAAAUUAGACGCCUUCAAAGGUGGCAGCAGCGCCCAGCACGUGUGCGCAGGGGAGACCCACUUCGCUGUCGUUACCGUGGAGAAAGAGCUCUACACUUGGGCUAGUGUCCAAAGUGGGGCCAAGAUGGUGGGCCAGCUGGGGCACGGGGACCAGGCCUCCUAUCGACAGCCACGCAAGGUGGAGAGGCUUCAAGGGAAGGCCAUCCGCCAGGUGGCUUGUGGAGCUGAUUUCACCGCCUGCGUCACUGACGAGGACCAGAUGUACAUGUUUGGUUCGGACUACUACGGCUGUAUCGGAGUGGAGAACGAGCACGGCAUGGAGGUGCUUGUGCCCGUACAGUUGGAAUUCUUCGAGGAGCGGCCUGUCAGGCAGGUGUCCUGUGGGGACAAUCAUGUGGUGGUGCUCACUCACAGUGGAGACCUCUACUCCUGGGGUUGUGGGGAGCACGGGCGUCUCGGUCUGGACUGUGAGGAUGACUUUAACUCCCCCAUGCAAGUUGAGGUCCCCAAAGGAGCCAUUAUCUCCUCUGUGUCCUGUGGCCUUGAUGGAACCUUCUUCCUGACAGAGUCAGGCAAAGUCUUGGCCUGUGGGAACAACGAUAUGAACAAGCUGGGUCUGAACCUGGGAGUCUCGGGCCUUAAAAACCUUCCUGGAGAGGCCUACCAGGGGAUACCAUACACCACCACCUUGACGUUGGUCAAACAGUUGGCCAGGUAUAAGAUCCAAGCAAUUUCUGCGGGAAAGACUCACACUGCUGCCAUUGACGAGCGUGGGAGACUAAUGACCUUUGGGUGCAACAAGUACGGUCAGCUUGGUGUGAAGGACUUCAAGAAGCACCAGGGCGUCCAGUUGCUUUUGGGGCCUUUUGGGGGGAAGGUGGUCAACAAAGUGUCCUGUGGAGAUGGAUUCACCAUGGCAGCCACUGAGGACAAUCAGAUCUUUGCCUGGGGAAAUGCAGGAAAUGGGCGCCUGGGAAUGCCGGCUGAUAAAGGCUUUGGCUCUGAGGUUUGCCCCGCUUUACCUCGACCUAUUUUUGGCUCCCUCCACCAUGUGCCAGAUCUCUCGUGUCGCGGCUGGCACACCAUUCUUAUCAUGGAAAAGGUUCUCAACUCCAAAACUAUCCGCUCAAACAGCAGUGGGCUUUCAAUUGGUAGUGGGCUUGGCCAGGCCUCAACUUCCACUGUGGAUCUAGAGAGUGAGCCAGGCUUGGAGACAGGGCUGCGUGAAGUUGGCCUCAGCGGCACUAAGGAGGCUGACACAGACAUGUCUAUGACAAACCAAACCGGUGACAGCUCCUGUCCCUUUUGGCUACGCAAGGAGCUACAGGAUGCAGAGUUCAUCCCAAUGCCAGAUGAUUCCAGGGGCUCCAUGCCUGGCCCGCUGGCUCCGUCUUUCUCAGAGAGUGUCACACUGCCCUACGAGGAGCUGCAGGAGCUGAAGGCCGCCGCCGCCGCCGCCACGGAAAAAGGCCUUUCGACUGCUCGUAUGGGCUGUGACAGGGUCAAUGGGUUGGAGGAGGCAGGAGUCUGUAAGAAAGGGGAUGUGCCAACUUGCUGCAGGGCUAGCAGUGAGCUAGAACAGUUGCGAGAGACCAUCAGUCGUCAGGAGGCAAUGAUCCAGUUGUUACAGAAGCAGUUCAGUGAGCAGCUCAAAGAGAACGAGAGACUCUGGACAGCAAUCAACCACCUUACCCUGAGGGAGCCGGGAACAGAAAAUGGCAUCAACCACCAAGCCAACCGGCCCGUGGAGGGAUGGGGCGGAGCCUCUAACCACGAAGGGGACAGAUCUGCUGGGUCAAAACCGUGAUGAACAUAUUGCAUUGGUUCUGUCACAUGUGCAUUGAGUGGGAGUGGCUCUGCGCAGUUAAUUCCAUCCGAACAGGUCCCACCUGGAGAUGGACUGGCUAGGCCAUGGUCGGAGAAAUGCCAGCCAGUGGCACUGGUGAAUGGCAGAGAGAUGUAAUGGUAAUGGAUUACUAAAGUGAUGGGUUGUCUGAGAUUCAGUUGUGUUCUCCAUAGGUAAGAGCAGCUUGCUGAUACUGCUGGUAAGCAAGGUUGAAGAAGCAAAUUGAUGCCUACCGACCUCAUUCACUUGCAAGAAAGGUGUCACCCCUUUUUCACGUUUUGUUACAUCAUUAUUUCUUAGGUAUAAUCCCGUUUGCAUGGUAACAUUCUAUGAACAUACAGCACACGAUACCCUGUGAGAACACUUCAAUGUUGUAUGCUAGAAUUAACAUGGUUAAAGGAAAAGGCCUACAGCAACUGAUCUGGAGUAAACUUGACACAGACUGAAAUGUUGGCUGGUUUCAACAUUGAGCAACAGACUUUUGCUGUGUUACAGUAGAGGCGAAUGUGAAAUAUGAGUAAAUACUUUCAUAGCAAUGAUAAUAUUGUCACUGACUACUGUCAAUUGAGGUCUAGGGUUGGUUUGGUUUGUCACACAUUUUAAUAUUGAUGAUCGCUUUAUAACAAGUGGGCCUAGCUUAAAGUAAAGAACGCUUUGGUGUUCUAAUGUUUUAGGAUGUAUUUAUAUAUCCUCUCCUUACACUGUUUUAUCUUGCAAUUAUUUCUUGUGGUUUUUACAACAUCAUAGUUUUAACUAAGAGACAAAUUAAUCAGGUCAAUGCCAAAUGUUCCAAUGUGAAUUCAAGUACUGCUUUUUUAGCUCAUUUCCUCUGGAAAAUCCUGAGCACUAUUUUUGAUAACCUAUCAACGUUCUUCAUGUGAUGUUGUUAAAAGAGGCUAAACUUGUAGACUAAAAGUUUAUUGGAAGAGUUUAUGAAAUACAGUAGUAUUUUAAUUGUUCUUUUUUGAUGAACUGCUUGAUGAACUGUUGCUGCAAAAAUGGGAUGUGAAAUGUAUAAGGUUCACUUUUACAUAAACUACUGAUUCAAUAUAGACAAUCACUUGUGCUAUUAUUGACUUAAAGGAACAUUUUACACGUUUUCCACUUGAUGUGUUUUGGUUCCUAACCCUGAGAGUAGUCAAUGGGCAAAGGGAAACUGAAAUCCAUUAUUCUGUUUUUUUUUAUUUUUUUUACCAUAAUUACAAAAUUCGGCUAACUUUAGCUACUCCUAGCUAACUAUCAAUAUAAGUCAUGUCAGUAGUAUAAACAUUAUUGUUAUUAUUAUUACUUUUAGGUAACAUCAAACCAAAUAUGGAGUUCAUUUUAGAUAUUUUGGAGAUUCUAUUUUUACAACUCUAAAAUUUUUUCUAACAAUGUCUAAAAUUUGAUGAUUACCUUGCAUUUAUUGUAACUAAUAUUAAAGGCAAUAUUUCAUGUCAUGACAAUUGUUCACAUCCUAGUGUGUAGAAAAGCUUGUUUUUGUAAACUUCAUGGUAAAUGUUUAUUUUUUUCCUAUAAUAUUUUUUUCACAACGUUUCAGGUUAAUAUUGUCUUUGUGUUCAUUAUAUUUUUGAGCAUUCAUCUAAUAAUAAUUUUUACUCAUUAUGAAGUGUAAUAUUCACUUUUUUUUACUCUUGUACGUUGUGGUGUGUUCGCUUCGUAAAACCAUCCUGCUGUCACAAGCUCAUAUUUCGCUACAAGGUUACAGCUAAACAGAAUGUGAGCUCUCAAGAUGAGGACAGUUCUAUGGGGCUUGGCGUGUACAUGUUCUUAAGUGUCAUUUACCCACUGCAUUUCUUUUUGGGUAGUGUGCAGUUAAUUGAUACUGUACAACACUGAUGGAUUCUUUUUUUAUGCACGAGACAAAUAUCUCCCCAUUUUCUAGUGCGUUUACAUGCUCUUUAAACCAAAGAUUUUGUUGUGAUGUUUUGUGUGUUUUGCCUAAGAAUUGGCUUUUUAUACAGUGUGUUUGAUAUUGUAAUAUUAAUAACACAGUGGUUUUCCCAUGGCUUGGCUUAGCCUGUGCAACAUUGUAACAUUUAAGUGGGUGUAAGAUGUUACAGUGGACUUACUUUCCAUAAUUCACUGAGGCACUUAUGUUUUUUGCAUCAUGUCAAAAUAAAGAAUAAAACCAUUCUGA